AUGGCGCCGGAAAUUUCGAAAACCCGUGAAGCAGUUCGAAGCUCCGAAGAUGAAGAUUCGGAUUCCGAGUUGGAGAAGUUAGAGAAUGAAUUGAAGAAAAUUGCGCACAAGGUUCAAGAUUGCCGAGAAACUCUUCCGGAUCAGCUCAAAUCCACGCUCGUUUCGGUUCUGGAUAAUCAAAGACCAUUUCUUCCUCAAAUCAAUCCAGGUGCUUUGGAGGAAAACAUAUCCAGCGAGGAAGAUCCAGAGACUGCUGAGAAACUAAAGUUACUUAAAGAAAAGAUCUCAAGGAAUUUCUCUGCCGCACCAAUAGUUUUGAAAAGGAUGAAAGAUUGCAUUGCCGAAUUUGAGAAGUUAGAUUCUACAAACAUACUUCCAGGCUUCAAAAGGAAGUAG